AUGGAGACCAUCUUCGAGCGCGUACUGGCUGCUGCAGCUGAAGCAUGUCCAACUCUCUUUGCUCCUUGCAGUCAGACUGCCGAUUUCUCGUGUCGAUCCGACUGCCAAACCGCGCCGGACGUCCCGGGUACCCUAUUCCAUGUUGACGCGUUAAGCUACCUUCGCAAUGCCACGUAUACGCGCGAGGCUGAGGCAGGUUCCGCACACAAUUGCAAAGCCUCCGCGUCAGGGCAGGCAGCUCCCGUCUAUACGGCAGAUGUGGGAGUCACCUGGGGAUUCAAGUUGUGGGAUGACGGGUCGAGCGUCCGACGACACAUGCUCUACAACGACCUUCGUCGCACGUGUCAUUUCUCGUGUACUAUCGAGGAAACCACUGCCAGGAUCUGGUGCCAUACGAGGUCGGGCACCUUCGUUACCCAGGGGUUCGACAUCCAUGCUGACGCCAGAGAACUCGUCCAGCUCAUCCUCUUUUCUACUUUCGCCACUCCCCACCAACUUGGUUUCGACCCGACUGUCCGCCGCGUCGUCGUGGGUUGCCAGCUGCACUACGAAGUCGAUGUUGCCCAUCGCGACGGAACACACCACGUGUAUCGAACCGUCGGCAUUGAGUACGAGAAUCCGGACGCGGGGCUAUACUCCCGAGCUAUGCGCGUCUUUAAGGCCGUCCGAUGUGACGACAAGGCUGUUCGGGGCGUCGGCGAGGCCGUCCAAUUCCCAUGCAAGGGCAAGGAUACCCACUACGUCGCACUCCGCGAUUACUGGUUAUCUGAGGACGCGCGCAGAGAGGCAGAGAUCCAGGAUGAGCUACUUGGCCAGCUCAAGGACUCCAUGCAGCCAGGUGAAUAUGAAGCACUCAGGCGGCAUUUCUUGACUAUCGUCGCGGAGGAUGUGGUCGCGCACGAAAAGCACUGCCGCAGUGUUCACGAUGAGUAUUGCGAGGAUCUAUGGAAGGUUGACGAUCCGGCGAAGUUCUACUUCGCCUUGUGCCAGCUCAUCUCCAUAUUGGGCAAGUUUCGCGAGGCUGGCUAUCUGCAUCGCGACAUCAGCAUGGGCAAUGUAAUGCUGCACCUCUUCGAUGAGAAGACUUCGGGUUUGGACCGUUACAUUACGAAGAUUGCCGAUCUCGAGUAUGCUCGUCCUUACGAGCGUCUGUCCACGCUCGAACCAACUGUCGGAACGAGCCUCUUCAUGGCCGUCGAAUUGCAGGCGAAGAAACAUCUAUGGGCCAGUCCCUUGGAAGAAGAUACGCUGACGCUGCACUAUCUCGUGCACAAUCCUCUGCACGACGUCGACCGCCGAGUGCUCGAAGCUACCGAAUGGACGGUCAUGCGGGAGAUCUUGCAGGACGUCGAGGCUUACUCCGCGACGAUUUUCGUACACAGCACCCAUGGCAGCGUCGAGCGCAAGAACCUCAUCUCCUACGCUCGCGAUUGCCAGAAACUUGGCGAAAAACUCAAACGUCUACACGGCGACAACACGGUCUUCGUCAAACUCAUAGACGCCAUAGGAGCCCUUCGCGCUACCUACAAGGCUGUUGAGAACUCCAGGAAGGCCACCCCUGAGGAGCGAUCGCAACUCGAGGACGACAAAGUCAAUGCGCCGCGUCUCUCUAUCAACGUUUUCCACCAGCAUGCGGGCGUCUACGAGACGUUGCGGCAGAUAUUCGGUGAUAUCAGCCAGCACUUCGUCGGCGGGGAGGACUCCGAUCCGCUCAUCAAAAUCUCGGAUAUCGACCUCGCCACGGGUGGGAUUGUGUCCAGACCCGCUGAGCCAGAAGCCCCUCCUGUCACGGUGGUUGACGACGCUGCGUCGGAGGGAGGUGACGAGGUACCGCAGGACAAGGUGGGAUGUGCGCCGAAGAAGCUGACGGGGAAGCGAAAAAACACAGACGAGGGCGAGGUUGAGGCAGGGGACGAGGGGCGCGUCUUCAAGCGGCAUUGCGCGAAGGUGCCUGCUGCAGGGGACUGA